CCGUCAUCCGAGGAAAUGGACGCGCCGGCCGUCUCUUGUAAGUCCAUGGCCGUGGGUGAUUCCGUGUCAGAAGACAUGGCGUGGAGCCUCGUGUGGGGUGUGGGCGGGCUGCUGCUUCUGGUGUGGGCGCUGAGGACGCUGAAUUGGGCGUGGUGGACGCCGAGGCGGCUGGAGCGCGCGCUCCGGGCGCAGGGGCUCAACGGCACCCCCUACCGCUUCCCCAACGGCGAUCUCAAGGAGAACGUGCGGCUCGCCAAAGAGGCGCUCUCCACGCCCAUGCCUCUCACCCACAACAUCGUCCCUCGCGUCCUCCCUUUUCUCCGUCGCGCCAUCGACGAGUACGGCAAGAUAUGCUUCACUUGGUUUGGACCAGUACCUCGAGUGACGAUUAUGGAUCCCGAGUUGGUGAGGGAGGUUCUUUCCAACAAGUUCGGCCACUUUGGUAAGCCCAAAGGAAACCCCCUCGGAAGGUUUCUCUUUAGAGGACUUGUUUCGUACGAAGGCGAAAAGUGGGUGAAACAUAGGAGGAUUAUGAAUCCUGCUUUCCAUGUUGAGAAGUUGAAGCGAAUGUUGCCAGCAUUCUGUGCUUGCUGUAGUGAUCUGAUGAGCAGGUGGGAGAACCUGGUUGGCUCCGAGGCAUGUUACGAGAUGGAUGUUUGGCCUGAGUUCCAAAGCUUCACCGGAGAUGUCAUUUCACGAACAGCUUUUGGUAGCAGUUACGAAGAAGGAAGACGAAUUUUCCAACUCCAAGCCGAGCAGGCUGAACUCCUUAUCCAGUCUAUCCAAAAUCUAUACAUCCCAGGUUACAUGUUUCUUCCAACCCCUAAGAACAAGAGAAUAAAAGCAGUCAAUAGAGAGGUCCGAGUACUUCUACGAGGCAUAAUAAAGAAGAGGGAACAGGCUAUAAAAUUGGGCAAAGCAAGCAACGAUGACCUGUUAGGCUUAUUGAUGGAGUCCAAUUUAGAGCACUACCAAGAACAUGGGAACAAGAAUGCUGGGAUGACUACAGAGGAUGUGAUUGAGGAAUGCAAGCUGUUCUACUUUGCAGGGCAAGAAACAACAGCUGUGCUGCUAACAUGGACAAUGAUCGUCUUGAGCAUGCAUCCAGGCUGGCAGAUUCGGGCUAGGCAAGAGGUUCUUCAAGUCUUCGGAGAACGCAAACCAGAUUUUGAUGGCUUGAGUCACUUAAAGAAUGUUACAAUGAUUCUAUAUGAGGUUCUCAGGCUAUACCCACCAGCGGUUUUCCUCCAGAGGCAGACACACAAGACAAUGAAACUUGGAGAUGUGAUUUACCCACCAGGUGUGACGCUUUUGUUGCCGGUAAUCUUCAUUCACCAUGAUCCGAACUACUGGGGUAAAGAUGCCAACGAGUUCAAUCCAGAGAGAUUUGCAGAAGGGGUUUCAAAGGCAUCAAAAGACCAUGUCGCAUUCUUUCCAUUCGGUGGGGGUCCUCGAAUCUGCAUCGGCCAGAACUUUGCAUUGCUGGAAGCCAAGAUGGGACUAAGUAUGAUCCUUCAACGAUUCUCGUUUGAGCUUUCACCAUCUUAUGCCCAUUGUCCACACACGCUUAUAACUCUUCAGCCUCAACAUGGUGCUCAAAUAAGGUUACGCAGGAUUUGAAUGACCUCUUUUGUUUAUUCUGAUAUUUCGAUAUGCUUUGGGUGUUUUCUCUUAAUAGAUACUCUUUUCUGUUUCAAGUUGUCUAUUGAUUAAGGUUGUAGUGCUCCGAGCAUUGUACUUGUGCUACGAUAUUAUACCAUAAUCAUACAUUUGGUAUAUAUAUAUAUAUAUAUAUAUAUAUAUAUAUAUAUAUAUAUAUAGAUCCAGUUGUUUCGA